GUUAACUGCAUCUGUCGUGGUACCGCAGAAAAGGAGGAAAGCCCAAUAGAGGACUUAAAGGCACAUCGUACAACCCAAGAUGUAUGCUGCCGUCGUGAUUUGAGCGCGCCCAAGACGCAAGAUUUUGCCGCUCAUCGCCUCAUCCUUGCCAAGAACAGCGAGGUGUUCGACAGAAUGCUUAGUCAACGAUGGAAUGGCGAAAAGAAGGAUCUCGAAAUGGUUGAGGAUGCGCCAUGCCAGAAAGUUUUUCCUGCCUUUCUUCGAUUUCUCUACUGUAACCACGUGGUGCUGCAUCAAGACAACUGCCUACCGAUUCUCAUACUUGCUGACAAAUACAAUGUCAUCAGCUUGAAAAAGGUCUGCAUCGAUUUCGCCAUAUCUGAAAUCCUUCCAAAUCUCACGUUGAAGGAUGUGUUCAGCAUAUGGUUCUCAUACGCGACUAAGGCCUAUCACCAAGUGAGUUCACCACUUCCUUUCAAUCUAAUCGUAAGUGCUGGGUUCGCUGUGAAACGACUUCUGCCCUCGUACUGCUUCCAUUCCCUACGACCGAAACCAUACUCUGCCGUUGAAAUGUGCUGA